UAUAAACCCCACUCUCUGGAUUUUGGUCCGACAGCCCGGAGCGCAGUGUAGGAGAAAGGAGGAGGAAGGGCUACGGCGACCCGUCCACCGACGCGACUCCGAUGGCGGACGCGAGCGCUCUCAUGGAGAUCGAUGAAGACGCGCCGGACUCCUCGCGGCCCAACAAGGGUAAAAUCGCCCUCGCCUCCGACCCUAAAUCCGUCCCUUGGGUCGAGAAGUACCGCCCCCAAUCUCUUGCCGACGUUGCCGCUCACCGCGACAUCAUUGACACUAUCGACCGCCUGACGAGCGAAAACAGGUUGCCUCAUUUGCUUCUUUAUGGGCCGCCCGGGACGGGAAAGACGUCGACGAUCUUGGCCGUCGCGCGGAAACUUUACGGAAUGCAGUAUAAAAAUAUGAUUUUGGAGCUCAAUGCCUCCGAUGAUAGGGGCAUCGAUGUUGUUCGGCAGCAGAUUCAGGAUUUUGCCAGUGCACGAAGCCUUUCCUUCGGACCAAAGUCUACUGUAAAAUUGGUCUUACUGGAUGAAGCAGAUGCCAUGACCAAGGAUGCGCAGUUUGCAUUGCGGAGAGUGAUUGAGAAACAUACAAAGAGCACCAGAUUUGCUCUUAUCUGUAACCAUGUGAACAAGAUCAUUCCUGCAUUGCAGUCAAGGUGCACACGGUUUCGUUUUGCUCCACUUGAUUCAAGCAACAUUAGAGAACGGACGGAACAUGUGAUAAAAGCAGAAGGGCUUGAUGUGACUGAGAGUGGCUUGACAGCAUUGGUGAGACUGAGCAGUGGCGACAUGAGAAAGGCUCUGAAUAUUUUGCAGUCAACACAUAUGGCUUCUCCACAUGUGACUGAUGAAGCUGUUUAUCUGUGCACUGGAAAUCCAAUGCCAAAAGACAUUGAGCAGAUUGCCUAUUGGCUACUUAAUGAGUCUUUUACAGCUGCUUUUAGAUAUAUUUCUGAUGUCAAAAUGAGGAAAGGACUGGCCUUGAUAGAUAUUGUGAGGGAGAUUACAAUGUUUGUUUUCAAGAUCAAAAUGCCAUCCGAUAUUCGAGUUAAGCUAAUCAAUGAUUUGGCAGAUAUAGAAUACAGAUUGUGCUUUGCAUGCAACGACAAGUUACAGCUUGGCUCACUCAUCUCUACUUUCACAAAUGCUCGAUGUGCCCUGGUUGCUGCUGCAAAGUAAGGUCAUGUCUCGAGCCUGCUUAUUUCCUCAACCGCACGUUUGCCUCACUUCGGUGUCAGGUUAUGCGAUCAGCUGUACACGUUUAUGGGGCUUUUUGUACUAUGGUUGACCAUACUUAUAUGUGAUACCAGACUGAUGCUGUAGUUUCUAGGAUUUGGUUUUCCUUGUCACAUGAGAAUCUUGUCUAAUGAGUGUGUAAUCCCUUUUAAUGGGUUGAUUAGAUCCAUGGCUCUAUUAUUUCUCA